AUGGAUGAGAACAUCACAGAGAUCGACCUAUCCGAGCUCUACGACGAUAUCUACUACGUGCUCAGCCAGGAGGGUAUCACAAAAGCGCACACGAUAGAACAUGCCUCCAUCCCUCUGCGUGUCAUCCUCGGGCUUGUCUACAGCCUCAUCAUCCUCAGCUGUGGCGUGGGGAAUCUGCUACUCCUCAUCGUCAUGGGGAGAUACAAGAAAGCACGGACCACGACCAACCUGCUCAUAGCCAACCUGGCGCUGUCAGACUUCGUGGUCGCCGUGCUGUGUAUCCCCUUCGACCUGGACUAUUACAUCAUCAACGAGAGGGCCUGGAACUACGGACCACACAUGUGCCGACUGGUCAACUACGUCAAGAUGGUGUCCCUCUACGUGUCCACUGACGCUCUGCUGGUCAUCGGAGUUGACAGGUAG